CGCCCCCCGCCCCGGCCAGCUCGCGCCACAGAAGCUCCACCACCGCGACACGCCACGCCAUGGCGGACAGCGACGGGGUCGCCGCUGCCCGCGACGACGAUUAUUCUGCUGCGGAAUCUGAUGAGGACUUCACCUUUGCGGCGGCGGCGGCCGUCGUCCCGUGUAUGGUUGGAGGCGGAGGCGUCUUCGACAGCGGCCGCAUCGGCGCUGUGUACCCGGUGUUUGGUCGCCCGCGGUCGCCUCCUGCGCGGGAGGAGGAGGAGGCUGAGACGGCUACUGUGCGGGUGCCACUGGGGCAGCUUCUGCUGGAGGAGAGGGCGUCGGCGUCGGCGGCGGCGCCGUCGGGGAAGCAGCCCGACGACGAUGGCGAUCUUGAUGGCGUUCCCGCGGAGACGUACUGCCUGUGGUCACCCGGUUCCCCCGCGGCGGCGGUUUCGCCGGCGAGGUGCCAGAAGAGCGGCUCGACUGGGUCGGUCAUCCGGUGGCGGCAGCGGCUCAUCGGGCGGAGCCACAGCGACGGCAAGGAGAAGUUCGUGUUCUUGAACUCGACCUCCGACCGUAGUAAAGGGAGGACGACGAGCGGCGAUGGUGGUGGCGGCCAUGGCGGCUGGAGAUAUUACGGGCGAGGAGGAGGCAGCGGAGGCGCCGGCGUCGGCAAUGGCGGCGGGCGGAGGUCAUCGUUCCUCCCGUACAAGCAGGACCUCGUCGGCUUGUUCGCCAACGCCGGCGCGUUCCGCCGGAGCUACCACCCGUUCUAACGUAUUGUAGCGUCUUCCUUAAUUACAUCUUUUUUUCAUGGUGUGACUGCGGAUUACGGUGUGUUAGAACUAAAGAAUGCGUGAUAGAUUUGUAGCAGAAAAUAUUUCUGCAUAAUUUUUUUUAUACGUGAGUAGCCAUGUAUAUAUAGCGUGGAUUCUGUAUUGUUUUGAUAA